UCUGUUCGAUAGUGAAGCACAUGUUGGACAGAGUGUUCCCUGGCUUGGCAAAAGCCAAUCAGCUGUGCCAGCAACUUGAGAAGCCGGUCAGCAAUGGAAUCAGAGCUUUCUCUUGUAGAAUGAGUACAACGGUAUUUUGAGAAAUAUUUUACUGCGAGAGACCUCUCACCUGGCAGAUAGACAAAAUGGCAGCAAUGUCCAGAUACUAACUACAGCCCAAGGUUCAAGAAAGUGACAAACCGAAGUUGGAACCUGAACUGCCAGACUUUAAAAUGAGUGCAAUGGCUGAACCUGACUAUAUGGAUGAUGAAGACAGUGCAGAACUCAUUAAGCCCAGGAAACUGGUCAACCCUGUGAAAACAUCCAAAAAUCACCAGGAACUCCACCGAGAGCUGAUAAUAAACCAGAAAAGGGGCAUUGCUGGUCAGAACAAGCCAGAGCUGCAGCGAGUGAUGGAACAGAGAAAGAGAGAUCAAGUUGUCAAGCAGAAGAAAGAGGAAGAAGCUCUAAAGAAAUCUGACUUGGAGCAAGAGUUAAUGAAACGCCAGCAGAGGCUAGACCAGAUUGAGCAGGAAAGGCUGAAUGCGGAGGAGAAACGGGAGAAUGCGCCUGAGUUUGUCAAGAUGAAAGAUAACCUGAGGAGAACCAAACACGAGGGUGGAGACGUGCAGGUCUCUUAGAGAAGGACAGUACACGUGGAACUCUGGAGUUUGUGGAUUGGGUUUCUGUUUUUGUGGCCAUGGGAAUUCGGCACCCUGAUUAUAAUGGCUUUGCAACAAACUCCAGCAGCACAUCAUUAUUGAGCGCUCCCUUGGUCAUGGCGUACUACCCAUCUGCAGACUGAAAGGGUUAAUUUUGUGCAGGAUAGCUUUCAGGGCAAUGACUAGAGUGAUGCUCAGUGGGCUCACUCACUGGGCUGGCUUGAUUUGAAUGGGAUUCUAAAGCAUUGAGAGACUGUGUUUCUUUCAUCCUCGGGAUAAUGAUCAGACAUUGUAAAAAGACAAACUAUCACAAACAGUCAACAAUGAACCAUUGAUACCAACUUCACUGUGGAUGAAUUACUUGACCCGCUUGCUUGCAUCUAGAACCAGCCAAUCUGCUCCAUGCACCCAGGGAUGGUAGUGAGAUUGGUCAAUUCCAUCAAUGACAUAAAACAGACAAUAAUGAAUUGGGAUCAUCCCGGAGACCCCCAGCUGAUGUCGAUGACUGACUGAAUGAAGAGAGCUUCGGGCAGGAUGUAAAACCUGAUUCCCUUUUAACUUCACCAGACCCGCAAUAACAUCAAUGUCAAAUUUUCCAUCCUUUUGCUUUUUGCUGUUGCUCUGCAGGACAUUGGUGUUUCUGUGUCCACUGGAAUGAAGAGGUAAUUCGAAUGGGGGGGGGGGGGGGAGGAGAAUGUCACGUGAAUGCAUGGAGCUCUAGUUAAAAUCCGUGCUAGCAAUUUCUAAGCUAUGGCUAAACAAUGAUUGGGUGGGCAGGGGAGGUGGGGGGCGGAAUCAAUUUUUCCAGAUACAAUGGUGAAGGAUAACACCACUCUCCUCCCUGGACCUCUAUUGGCUGUACUGAGAUCUGCCCUUCCUCCAACCAGAACCUGAGCAUCCUUUCAAUGUGGGACCCCAGUGAAGAGGAUGUUGACACUGUUUACAAACAGAACAAUAUGCAACAAGAAUAUGUUCAGUGUGAUUUAUUUCUUCAUCGGUCAGCCCUGCAUAGUUCUUUACAAAUCUGGUGUGAAAGCCUUCCAAAGUUUGAUAAGAUUUUGAAUUUUUUUUAUAUUAAGUUUGCUAUGUGGUGUAACAAAUUCUAUGUAAUCUGUAAUGAUUGAUAAUAUUAAUGCAGUGCUUGAUAUGUUGUCAGACUAGUGUGCAAGGUUAAGUCAAGUUUUAUAUUGCUGAUCCCGCCUUGUUUAUUUGCAUGCCCCUACAUUAUAACAGUGGACUGUUGUGCAGUGUGAAACUGCUCAGAUGGCCUGAACAGUUAAGACUGAAAGAGUGAUGUGUCAUUUUGUGGAUACUGCUUGGAGAUUACUUUACUUUGCAUUGAUUUCUGUCACUCAAAUUUUGCAAAGUUCUCUCUUUCCAAAACCAGCAAAAAUGAAGUUAAUUUGUCCAUUUCCGAAUUGGAUAUAGUUAACAUCAAAGAUUGUGUUUAUUGUGGUCCAAAUGCCUUUAUCAUUGAGGCAAUUGGUUUUAGAAUCAUAGACAUAGAAUCGCUACAGGGUGGAAGCAGGCCACUCGGCCUGUCGAGUCCACACUGACCCUCUGAAGAGCACCCCACCCAGACUCAC